AUGCACCUGCCCCUCCCCGGGAAGAUCGCUAACGCCGGCGGCAGCGAGACGAAACCGUCCAUCGGCUGUUCGACGGUACCUUCGCCCCUCCGUACCCACAACAACAACUCCUCUUACGCCGCGCAUCAGGAGCUUGCCCCACCGCAGCAGCCCGCGUGUCUGCCAACGGCCGCAAGUGGCCUGGAGACUCUACGAGAGCGCGCCGAGGCCGAGAACGGGCGCCCAGCGACGUUAACAACAUGGCGCGCGGGAUUAGUACCGGAUCCCGCGCACGUCAUCCACGAGAUAAGCGCGUACAGGUGGUUUGCCACCACAAGCCCCAUCUCCACCACCACGGGAAGAGGCGUCUAUGAGCCGGAAACGGGCUCUGUGACGGGACCAGAGCCAGGAAGUCAGCCUGUGUUGGAUUUUUACGCCGGCUCAAACUUGGGGCUGUACGUGGUGAGCUCCGGGCCAUUCGAGCCGUUCGAGCCAUUCGCGCCACUCGAGCCACCCGGGCCAAUUGAGCCAUUCGAGCUAUUCAAGCAACCAAGCCUGGGCGGUACGAACACGGCCGACAGCCGACGUUGGCCUUGGCCUGCGGACAACGCCGUCGAGACGAUCCAGCACGCAACGGGUAGUCGUCGAGGCCCAUGA